GACAUGGACAGCAAAGAGCAAGGAGCCCAAAUGGAGCCAUUGUUACCCACGAGAAAUGAUGAAGAAGCUGUGAUAGACAGAGGGGGAACUUGCACAAUUCAGAAAUCACAUUUUGAAAAAGAAGACUUGGAAGGUCAUCGGACUUUGUAUAUUGGUGUUCAUGUACCACGAGGAAGACGAAGCCAUCGACGUCACAGGCAUCGUGGACACAAGCAUCGCAAGCGUGACCGAGAGAGGGACUCUAGCACAGAGGAUGGCAGAGAGUCUCCUACAUAUGAUACUCCAUCCCAACGUGUGCAGUUUAUCCUUGGAACAGAAGAUGAUGAUGAAGAGCAUAUCCCUCAUGACCUCUUCACUGAGCUUGAUGAAAUUUGUAUGCAUAAUGAUGAAGAUACAGAAUGGAAAGAGACUGCCAGAUGGCUAAAAUUUGAGGAAGAUGUGGAAGAUGGAGGAGAUCGAUGGAGCAAGCCAUAUGUUGCUACAUUGUCGCUUCACAGCUUAUUUGAAUUGAGGAGUUGUAUCAUCAAUGGGACAGUCCUGUUGGAUAUGAGAGCUAGCACUAUUGAGGAGAUUUCUGACCUAAUCUUGGACCAGCAAGUACCCUCAGGACUGAGUGAUGACAUUCGUCAAAAGGUUCAUCAAGCCCUCCUGAAACGACAUCAUCAUCAGAAUCAAAAGAAGCUUAGUAAUCGAAUUCCUAUAGUGCGAUCCUUUGCUGACAUUGGAAAAAAACAUUCAGAUCCACAUUCAUUGGAUAAAAAUGCAGGUCACAUGAUCUCACCACAGUCUGCACCUGCUAAUCUGGAAGGCAAAAUUGACGUCAGCCGAGAGAACAGUACAGUGGACUUUAGCAAGGUGGACAUGCAUUUUAUGAAAAAGAUUCCUGCGGGUGCAGAGGCGUCCAACAUUUUAGUUGGUGAACUUGAAUUUUUGGACCGAUCAAUAGUAGCAUUUGUCCGUUUGUCUCCUGCUGUUGUUCUCUCAGGAGUUGCUGAAGUUCCCAUUCCAACACGAUUUUUGUUUAUUCUCUUGGGGCCACUUGGUAAAGGUCCACAAUAUCAUGAAAUUGGCAGGUCGAUUGCAACCCUGAUGACUGAUGAGGUAUUUCAUGAUGUUGCGUACAAAGCAAAAGAUCGUAACGACUUAGUUGCUGGUGUGGAUGAAUUUCUUGAUCAAGUAACUGUUUUGCCACCAGGCGAGUGGGAUCCAUCAAUUCGAAUAGAGCCACCAAAAAGUGUACCUUCCCAGGAGAAAAGAAAAAUUCCAGGGAUUCCAAAUGGAACCACAGCUCAUGGGGAUUCUGACCCAUUUGAAAUGCAUAGUGGACCUGAGCUACAGAGGACAGGAAGGAUAUUUGGUGGAUUAUGUGAAGACAUCAAAAGAAAAAUUCCAUAUUACUGGAGUGAUUUUAGAGAUGCCAUCAACUUACAAUGUGUAGCAUCCUUUCUGUUCCUGUACUGUGCGUGUAUGUCCCCAGUUAUCACAUUUGGUGGUCUGCUUGGAGAAGCAACAGAUGGUUGCAUUAGUGCAAUUGAGUCUCUGUUUGGAGCGUCUAUGACAGGCAUAGCAUAUUCACUGUUUGCAGGGCAACCACUAACAAUCCUAGGAAGCACAGGACCAGUCUUGGUGUUUGAAAAGAUCCUGUUUAAAUUCUGCAAAGAUUAUGGCUUAUCCUAUCUUUCUCUGAGAGCCUGUAUUGGACUUUGGACAGCUUUACUUUGCUUGGUUCUUGUUGCUACAGAUGCAAGUUCGUUGGUCUGUUAUAUCACCCGUUUCACAGAGGAAGCAUUUGCUUCCCUUAUUUGCAUAAUAUUCAUCUAUGAGGCACUAGAAAAGCUGUAUCACCUUGGUGAGACAUACCCUAUCAAUAUGUAUAAUCACUUGGAGCAGUUGACCCACUAUUCAUGCAUUUGUGUAGAACCACAGAACUUGAACAAUAAAACCUUACAGUACUGGAAUAACCUCAAUAUCACAGCAGCAGAAAUUCCAUGGGGAAAUAUGACACUGUCUGAAUGUAUAAAAUUUCAUGGAAAGUUCCUUGGCAUAGCUUGUGGGCACCAUGGUCCAUACGUUCCUGACGUUUUAUUCUGGUCAAUUAUACUGUUCUUUUCCACAUGUACAUUAUCGCAUUUCCUGAAGCAAUUUAAGACGAGUCGGUAUUUUCCUACCAAGGUACGAUCAACAGUUAGUGAUUUUGCUGUCUUUCUUAGUAUCGUAACUAUGGUUUUAAUUGAUUAUGGUCUUGGGAUACCAUCACCGAAGCUCCAAGUCCCCAGUGUUUUCAAGCCAACCAGAGAUGACCGUGGUUGGUUGAUUAGUCCUUUGGGUUCAAACCCAUGGUGGACUGUCCUUGCAGCUUUUAUUCCGGCCCUCCUUUGCACUAUUCUCAUUUUCAUGGACCAACAGAUCACUGCAGUUAUUGUCAACAGGAAGGAACACAAAUUGAAGAAAGGAUGUGGUUACCAUUUGGAUUUGAUAAUUGUGUCCAUCAUGCUUGGAGUUUGCUCUAUUUUGGGAUUGCCCUGGUUUGUGGCUGCUACUGUGCUCUCCAUAUCACAUGUCAACAGCCUGAAAUUGGAGUCUGAAUGUUCUGCACCUGGCGAACAGCCAAAAUUCUUGGGUAUCCAUGAGCAACGAGUUACUGGCCUUAUGAUAUUUGUCCUUAUGGGGUUAUCUGUCUUCAUGACCUCUGUUCUACAGUUCAUUCCAAUGCCAGUAUUGUAUGGAGUGUUCUUGUAUAUGGGCGCAUCUUCUCUCAGAGGAAUUCAGUUGUUUGAUCGGUUGAAACUCUUUGGGAUGCCUGCAAAACACCAACCAGACUUCAUCUACCUACGACAUGUGCCUCUUCGGAAGGUUCACCUCUUCACUGUGAUUCAGACUUCUUGUUUGAUUAUCCUUUGGAUAAUAAAAGCUUCUCGGGCUGCCAUUGUUUUUCCUAUGAUGGUAUUGGCCCUCGUGUUUGUCCGAAAACUGAUGGAUUUCAUCUUCACUAAGCGAGAGCUGAGCUGGCUAGAUGAUGUGAUGCCUGAAAGUAAAAAGAAAAAAUUGGAAGAUGAAGAAAAAGAAGAAGAACAAAUAAUGUUGGCAAUAGAAGAAGAAGGAACAAUUCAGUUACCUUUGGAUGGAGGUUACAGGGAUGAUCCUUCUGUUAUUAACAUUUCUGACGAAAUGGCCAAAACUGCUGUCUGGAAAGCACUCCCAAUGAAUACUGGAAAUGCAAAAAAUAAAGACACUUUCUUUGCAUCAAAAAGGAGAAGAGGACUCGACAUGAGGAAAAAGGAGAGAAGUAGGUGCAGUCUUGCAAUUGACAACUGCAGAGGUGGGCAGUGUGGAUCUUGCCAGAGUCACCUCAUGCUUAACUAUCAGAGAUGGAGUCAUGCAGCUACCCAGUGA